CCUCAAGCCAUUUUCAGUGGGCUUAUAAUGCGGUGGUCCUCGAAUUGCAAUUCUCAAAGCAUUACCUGAAGUAGGGGACGAUUUCUCAGCUUCUGCCUGCAUUUAAAGGAUUUUUUUAAUUUCGAGUUUGGUUAGAGGCUUUUACAUGGGAGAAGGAAGAGUAUUGGUUUAAGGAGCAAGAUGAAGAAACCACUCCGAAUUAUUUGGUGAUCCUUUUUUAAUUCGUUCCGUUCGGCCUGGCUUUCCCGGUUGACAUCUGUGCGUAGGCAGAAGAAGAUCAGAGAUGCAAGAUAGUUUCUGGACAAACUCGAUGAACUAGUUGACGAGGAAUAUAUGGUGGUAUUCUGCCUGGUAUGAUGUCUGUACAGAGCAGCUCAAACGUGGAUGUAGAAAUGCGUGUAGCUACUAAUCCAACGAGUCAUGCGGAGGCGGAGGACAGUCCUGGAAAGAGUAAAGACGAUGAGAAAACUAAUUCAGUUCUCUUUCCCAAGCUGUUCUUGUUCGCAGACUUCACCGACAUGUUUUUGAUGCUCGUGGGUACGAUGGGUGCUGUUGGCAAUGGCUUAGGUAUGCCCCUCAUGACAGUACUUCUCGGGCAAUUGAUUGAUUCAUUCGGAACUAACCAGCACAACAAAAAUGUGGUGCACCUCGUUUCCAAGAUAUCUCUGAAGUUUAUCUACCUGGCAGUGUUCACUGGUGCGGCGGCAUUUCUUCAGGUAACUUUCUGGAUGGUCACGGGAGAGAGACAGGCCGCUCGGAUAAGGGGACUGUAUCUACGGACGAUACUGAGACAGGACGUUGCCUUUUUCGAUAAGGAAACAACCACGGGAGAGGUUGUGGGAAGAAUGUCUGGUGAUACCGUUCUUAUUCAAGAUGCCAUGGGUGAGAAGGUAGGAAAGUUCAUACAGCUCGUGUCGACGUUCAUCGGGGGAUUCAUCAUCGCAUUUACUAAAGGGUGGCUGCUUACUUUAGUCAUGAUAUCAUCCAUUCCUGCCCUUGUGGUUUCUGGUGCCCUCAUGUCCCUGAUCAUAGGCAAGAUGGCAUCACGGGGACAAAGCGCUUAUGCAAAAGCGGCAAAUGUUGUUGAACAAACAAUUGGGUCAAUUAGAACUGUAGCGUCAUUCACUGGGGAGAAGCAGGCUAUAGCAACUUACGACAAGUUCCUUGUGGAUGCAUACAAAUCGGGAGUUCACGAAGGCAUGGCUGCUGGAUUCGGUCUUGGUACAGCCUUUUUGAUUAUCUUCUGCAGUUACGCACUGGCAAUAUGGUUCGGAGGAAAGAUGAUUCUGGAAAAAGGAUAUACCGGGGGUCAAGUGCUCAAUGUCAUCGUUGCUGUCUUAACUGGUUCAAUGUCCUUAGGACAGGCUUCUCCCUGCAUGACUGCAUUUGCUGCUGGUCAAGCCGCAGCAUGUAAGAUGUUUGAGACCAUCAACAGGAAGCCCAAGAUUGAUUCUUCCGACACAUGUGGCAAGACAUUGGACGAAAUUCAUGGAGACAUAGAGCUUAAGGAUGUUUACUUCAGCUACCCAGCCAGACCAGAUGAGCUGAUAUUCAAUAAAUUCUCUCUUCACAUACCAAGCGGCACAACUGCAGCCUUGGUUGGACAAAGUGGAAGUGGAAAAUCCACUGUGAUCAGUCUUAUAGAGAGGUUUUAUGAUCCGCAUGCAGGUGAAGUGCUCAUCGAUGGCAUAAAUCUGAAGGAAUUUCAGCUUAAAUGGAUACGGAGCAAGAUCGGCCUCGUAAGCCAGGAACCCGUGUUGUUUGCAUCAAGCAUCAAGGAUAAUAUAGCGUAUGGAAAAGAGAACGCAACCAUUGAAGAGAUAAGAUCCGCAGCAGAAGUAGCCAAUGCUGCUAAAUUCAUUGAUAAAUUGCCCAAGGGACUGAACACAAUGGUCGGUGAGCACGGUACUCAACUCUCCGGAGGACAGAAGCAAAGAGUUGCCAUUGCGAGAGCAAUUCUAAAAGAUCCUAGGAUUUUGCUUUUAGACGAGGCCACAAGCGCACUUGAUGCAGAAUCAGAGAGGAUAGUACAAGAGGCAUUAGACAGGAUAAUGGCUAAUCGAACCACUGUCAUUGUAGCACACCGUUUGAGCACUGUCAGGAAUGCCGAUAUGAUCGCGGUCAUUCACCAAGGAAAGAUAGUGGAGAGAGGUACACACUCGGAACUGCUAAAGGAUCCCGAUGGAGCAUAUGGUCAGCUAAUACGCCUCCAGCAAGUAAACAGAGAGCAAGACCAAGCGCCAGAUGAUCAAAAUAAACCACAAAAUCUCCUCGAUGGUAGACAAUCGAGUCAAAGAAUGUCCUUCUUAAGAUCCAAGUCGGGAUCAUCAGGUGUGGGAAAUAGCAGCCACCAUUCCUUAUCUAUCUCGUUAGGUCUGCCCACAGGGUUAAAUAUCCUUGAUGGUGCACCUGCAAAUCUAGAGUCCUCUUCCUUGGAGAAAACAGAAACAGCUGCAGAAGCUUCAAUCUGUCGUCUCGCAUAUCUUAACAAGCCAGAAGUUCCCGUGCUACUAAUAGGAUCUGUUUUUGCAAUCAUUGCGGGUGCUGUAUUCCCCAUUUUUGGUGUAAUAAUAUCUGGUGUUGUCAAGACAUUUUAUGAAGAACCUCAUAAACUAAGGAAAGAUUCGAAGUUUUGGGCAUUGAUGUUUGUGACUCUCGGCCUGGUGUCAUUAGUAGCAUACCCAGCAAGGACGUACUUCUUCUCGAUAGCAGGUUGCAGAUUGAUCCAGCGGAUAAGAUCAAUGUGUUUUGAGAAGGUGGUGCACAUGGAGGUGGGUUGGUUCGAUGAGCCAGAGCACUCCAGCGGUGCCAUUGGCGCAAGGCUAUCAGCAGAUGCAGCGACAGUGCGGGCCCUAGUUGGGGAUGCAGUAGCCCAGCUCGUUCAAAAUAGUGCCUCUGCAGUUGCUGGUUUGGUCAUCGCUUUUGUGACUAGCUGGCAAUUGGCGUUCAUCAUCCUUGCGUUGCUCCCUCUGAUAUUUGUUAACGGAUUCGUCCAAGUAAAAUUCAUUAAAGGAUUCAGCGCAGAUGCCAAGAUGAUGUACCAGGAAGCUAGUCAAGUAGCUACUGAUGCAGUUGGAAGCAUCAGGACAGUUGCUUCUUUCUGUUCUGAAGAAAAGAUCAUGCAACUUUAUGCCAGGAAAUGCGACGGGCCAAUAAAAGCCGGAAUAAGACUAGGGCUGAUUAGCGGAGUCGGGUUUGGGCUAUCGGUCUUCAUACUUUUUGCAGUCUAUGGCACUUGCUUCUAUGCUGGAGCUCGACUCGUCCAGGAUGGCAAGAUAACAUUUUCAGAAGUUUUCCGCGUGUUUUUUGCCCUGACCAUGGCAGCCACUGCAAUUACCCAGACAAGUUCCCUCACUCAGGACUCCACCAAAGCCAGGAGCGCAACUGCCUCAGUUUUCAAAAUCAUCGACAGAAAAUUGAAAAUAGACCCCCAUGAUGAGUCCGGGGUAACCCUAGAAAACGUGAAGGGAGAAAUAGAGCUUCGUCAAAUCAGCUUCAAGUAUCCUUCUCGCCCGGAUAUACAGAUUUUCAAAGAUCUCAGCUUGACCAUUCAUUCCGGCAAAACUAUUGCUUUAGUAGGAGAGAGCGGGAGUGGUAAAUCAACUGUAAUAGCUCUUUUGCAACGUUUUUAUGAUCCCGAUUCUGGUCACAUCACACUUGAUGGGAUUGAAAUUCAGAAGCUACAGUUAAAGUGGUUUAGGCAGCAGAUGGGCCUUGUGAGCCAAGAACCAGCUCUGUUCAAUGACACGAUCCGUGCCAAUAUAGCCUAUGGAAAGGAUGGAGAGGCAAUGGAAGCAGAGAUAUUGUCUGCAUCAGAGUCGGCAAAUGCCCAUAAUUUUGUCAGCAGUUUGCAACAGGGUUAUGACACAUUAGUAGGCGAGCGUGGAAUCCAGUUAUCCGGUGGGCAGAAGCAGCGGGUGGCCAUUGCACGUGCUAUAGUGAAAGAUCCAAAGAUACUUCUUCUCGACGAGGCUACUAGCGCACUGGAUGCUGAAUCUGAAAGAGUUGUUCAAGAUGCAUUAGACAAAGUCAUGGUCAAUAGAACAACAGUUAUAGUGGCGCAUAGGUUAUCAACAAUAAAAAAUGCAGACGUGAUCGCUGUGCUAAAAAAUGGAGCGAUUGUUGAGAAAGGCAACCAUGACUCUCUGAUCAAUAUCAAAGACGGUCACUAUGCAUCCUUGGUUGCUCUGAACACGAGCGCGGCAUCAUCCUAAUUAUGUUUUGUGCUACCUGCUAUGUUUAUGUCCUACUUUCCCAUGUAGCAGGUGGCCAUCCCGGUUUUUCUUGCGGGUUUCAUCAUGAAAAUUACCUGCGAGGUGAUGAGAAAGAAAGCCAGAAGUGCAUCUAAAACAUGUGGCGGAUGGCAACUAUAAAAAUAAGGAUAUCAGUGACGGCAUGUUUGUGUUAUAUGUCCUAUAUAAAGUAGCAACAAUUGUAAACAUAUGUUCAGCAACGUCAAAUCUGCGAUUGUGUUUUGCAUGAUGGAAAGGGUUGUGAAAAUAUUUUGAACAUUCUUUAGCCCCUA